GUUUUAGAACGCACUCCAGAACAACAAAAUGGCUCUAACCAGAGAGUCUGGUAGGCUGUCAAUUCAACUGUUGAAAAAUAAAGCGUGUUUGUACACUGCAGUGAGAUGUUCUUCUGACAAACCGCUUCCAUGGAACUACCUCUGGCAGCCAAAAAAAUAUUCAGAAAAGGAACAUGACAAGAUUGCCGAGAAAUAUAAUUUGCAUCCUAAGGAAUAUGAACCUAAUCCUCCUGAGAAAUACCUUGGCGACUAUCCGAAACUACCCAUGAUAGGACCGGCUGCUAAAGACCCAUACUAUCCGUAUGACAUACCGAUAUUUAGGAAAAAUUAUCAUGAAACACUACACGCUAAUUUUGAAAUUAUGGGUGAAGAUCGUUUUAGUUAUGGCUAUAAUUAUAGAAUUAAUCCAUAUGUGGGAUCUGCAAUAUGGCUUUCAGUUAUGAUUUUUUUGGUUGGAAUCACUUACUUGGCAAACCCUUAUUCGACUAUUCAAAUAAGGAUGGAGAGACAGUUUCCCAAGGAGGAUGUAGUACACUAUUCAUUUGAACCAGCAGAUUCGUGAAAAUAAGACGAGUAGCCUCGAG